AUGCAUUCUUUUCCCGCCGCCUGGGCUCUUUUCAGCGUCGAUUUUGAGAGGGAAACACGCGCAGCCGCAGAAAUUCGAGAUGCAGAUCUUUGUAGCUGGGCCCAUGUGAAGACUCUGACGGGAAAGACCAUCACUUUGGAUGUGGAGGCCUCUGACACCAUCGACAAUGUGAAGGCCAAGAUCCAGGAUAAGGAAGGGAUCCCACCUGACCAGCAACGUCUGAUUUUUGCUGGCAAGCAGCUGGAGGACGGGCGCACCUUGUCGGACUACAACAUCCAGAAGGAGUCCACCCUUCACUUGGUCCUGCGCCUUCGUGGUGGCCAUUGCCAAGUUCCAUGCGGCAUUUUUGACGAUCCUAAGCUGGUAGCUGAUGUCAAGGAGGCCGUGGCAACGAUCAAGAAGGCCAUGGUUCAGAUUGGCGAACUCUCUGCCAGCAUGACGCCUCUCAACAUCAACCAGAUGACCCGCUGGGUAAACACCAAGGAAGAGCAUGCCAGCAAGAUUGUCAGCCUGAUGUCCGAGUACUGCUUUUGUCAGCGGGUGAAGCCGGUGAGCGACCCGAAGACACCUUUCGCAAGCGAGGCCGACUACAUUGCUGCUCUUCAAUCCCAUCACGCCGUGAUGCUGGCUGCUGUGAAAUGCAAGCAGAACGUGGAUCCCGCUUUGGCAGAUGCCCUCGAUGGCGCUGUGGCCGAGAUGAGCAAGAUGUACAUGAAGUGA